CCAUUAUUUGUUGAAUUAAAACAAUAUUUUAUGCCUAUCAAUAUUUAAAUUCAUAGAAUCCUUGAUAGAAUUGAUUAAAUUUCUAAGAACGAUGACGAAUGUGUGAGUCAGACGUUAUGAUACGUAAUGUUAGAUGAUACUUUCAAAUAUUUAUCGAAGUUACGGAAGGAUAAAUAGGUUAAUUUAAUUUAAUAUAAAUCGAUAUUUAAUUAUAUCUCUUUGAUAAAGCUAUUCUUUUUUUCUUUUUUGUAAGAAAAAUAUAUAGAAUGUGAAUUAACACGGGUGUUGAAUUCAUAAAUGUGAAUUAUUGUUAUCGACAGUAUACUUUUAAAUUCCAUGAUACAACACAGAGUGGCGCACGUGUUAGUGUCGACUUCUAUCGCGGUUACUGACUUAUGCUUUAUGAAAACUUACUGUGCAGAAAAUAGGUUGAGUGAUAUACUAAAGAAGAAGACAAACAUUUAUGAGCGCGUGCAUUACUUAAAAUUGACAUAUCUUCGCUAUGGGCUUGAUAUCAGAGCCAUUAUUAUUUGCCAUCGCUUUAAUUAAUACCGGAUCUGUGCUCUUUCUUUUAGUCUAUUUUAUUAUUACGUUAUCAGAUCUCGAAUGUGAUUAUUUAAAUGCUCAGCAAUGUUGUUCAAAAUUAAAUGCGUGGGUCACUCCAAAAUUAGUGACGCAUACAUUUUUGGUAUUUUUGUUAUUAAUACACGGCCAAUUAAUACUAACUUUGGUUAAUUUACCAAUGACUUUUUGGUUGUUCUAUGAGUUUUUUGGUGUUCCUAGUGGAAAUAUGGGUGUAUAUGAUCCUACAGAAAUCCACAAUCGUGGAGAAUUGAAAAGACAUACUAGGAAUUGUUUGAUCUAUCUUGGAUAUUAUUUAGUCUUAUUUUUUCUUUACCUUUACUGUAUGAUCAUUGCGUUAUUAAAAGGAGAUCCAGUAAACAGAAAUGCUGAUGAUCUGGUAGACUUCUAAACCAAAUAAAUUACUCUCAUAUCUGUUUUAUACUUGUAAGAUAGUGCUGUAUGUAUAGCAAUUAUUUUUUGCAAUACAUUAACCUCAUAUAUGUUGUUUGGAAAGUAUAUUUGAUAUUAUUUCAUAUUCAGAAAUCUUUAACUAAGCAAGUAUCUGAAUAGAUGAAAUAACACUUUCUUGAUUUCAGAAGUAUUGUUAAGGUACUAUUUUAGUUUAUAUCAAUAUAUAAAGAUAGUUUUUAUAGAAACAAUUCAGAAAAUUAUUUAAAAUAAAAAUAAGUGAGAAAGAAAAGAGAGAGAGAGAGAGAGAGAGAGAGAGAGAGAGAGAGAGAGAGAAAGAGAGAGAGAGAAGGAGAGAAAUCACGUUGCAAGUUAAUGGUUGAAAUUUUGGGAUUCUAGUCUUAAAAAAAAAAAUAUAUAUAUAUAACAAUUUCCAAUA